AUGGCAGCUAGUUUACGUACAAAAGUAGUUGAACGUUCAAUAAAAACAAAUACAGCAGCAUAUUAUUCCUAUAUUGAUGAUAGUAAAAAUCCAGUUUUACAAAGUUUUGAAAGUCAAAUUUCGGAUUUUAAAAACUAUGUUGCAAAACAACAAAAAUUAAAUGAUACAAUUGAUGGUCGUUUAUCAGAAACAUUAUUUCAGUUAUGGAGUAGCUUUCAACCGAGAGUAUCUGUUCGAUUAUAUUGUGAAAAAUUAAUGCAUCUUGGAGAAUUUCUUGUUGCACAUGAAAAAUAUAAUCUUGCAUUAUUUCAAUGUUAUCAAAGAUAUUUAAAUGAGUUUGGUGCAUUUCAUAUGCAAGAUUUUCAAACAACAGAUCAAAUUGAAGAACGAUUUUUUCCACUUGGAUUAGCUGAUAUUACUGCUGAUAUAUCUUUUCAAGCUUUAAUGGGUUGUGCUCUUUGUUUAUUCUAUUUAUCUAUUGAACAAGAUCCGAAAGUACAAUUAGAUGAAACACUUGAUCGAUGUUUAGUAGCACUUUCAUUUAUUCGAUUAUUAAUGAAUUUAGCAUUGAAAGAUGAUCGAUGGUCGUGGCUUGUCUAUAAUGGAACAAUUUAUUUAUAUAAAAUGGGUCGUUAUUUAAUGACAUUGGGUUAUUCGUUACAGGUUGUUGAAUAUCUUGUAUGGGCUGCUGUUAGUACAGAAAUGUGUUUACCAUUAUUAUCUAUAGCAUAUUUACCAUGGCGAUCAACACUUUAUUGUUCAGCAUGUGAAGCAUUUUAUGAUAGUCGAAUAGCACCUGAUGGUGAAAGAGCAAUUGCUGGAGAAAAUUUUGCUCGUCGUGCAUUAGAACAAUUUAAAAAUCUUCAUGAAUUACAAUCCAUGAGUAUUGAAGGUGAUAAAUGUCAAUAUGAAAAUUCUUUUCGACAUGCUACAAUUAAAAUAGCUACAAUGUUAUUUAAACGUACAGUAUUUGAAAGUCGUCGAAAAGCGAAAGGAAUACUUCGACCAAAAGUUCGUCAAAAUUAUAAAGAUAUUAGUGGUGCAUGGCCAAGAACAUUAACAGAAAAAUUAUUAGGUGAUAUGUUUGAUUGUCGUUGUGCACAAUUUUUAGCCAUUCUUCAAGCACUUUCGGAUAGUAAUCGACGUUUAUUAUUAACUAGUCCAGCAAGUGAACAAGAAAUCGAAUUACUUGAUGUUACAGCUGAAUUAUUUUAUGCUGCACAAUAUAUUUUACAAGUUAAACAUGCAAAUCUUGAUCAAAAUUCAGGAGCAAAUAUGAAUAGUUUAUAUCCAAAUAUAACUUUGAAAGAAAAUAAUAAUUUACUUGAGUUAGCUGUUACUGGACAAUAUGUUAUACCUCUGUCAUAUGCAAUUCAAUUAUUUAAACUAGCAUUUAAUUAUCAAGUUAAUGAUGUAUUUGAAUCAAUGAUGGAACCGAUUAGUGAUCUUGUUGAUCAAGCUGGUGGUAGUCAAACAUCAGUACUUGCUUUAUUGCAAAUUCUUUAUGAAAUUGAACAAUGUGAUAGAGAUCGUAAAAUUGCACAAAAUCUAAAAAAUACACGAGCUGUUAAAAAUACAAAAGAAACUGAUACGAAAAAACAACGUGGUAAAAGUCCAUCGAAAGUAAAAGAAGUUGUUCGUAAGAAAAGUCCAGAAAAUGUUAAAGAAAAAUUAAAAACACCAAAAGCUAUUAGAGAUUUAAUUGAUACAGCUAAAGGUACACGAAGUCUAUCUAGUACAGAUAGUCAAGCUAAUGCUGAUCAAAAAUUAAAUGAUGAACGUACUGUAGAAGAAUUACUUGAAGAUUUAUGUUUUUUAUUACUGAUGGAUCCUCAAAUUCAUGAAAAAAUUGAACCCGAUGUUUUAAUUGAUGUUAGUUUAUUACUUUGGAAUAAAUGUCGAGCUGUUCUUAGACGAUUUUAUAAUGAACCAAAUGAUAAUUCUCGUUGGUUAACACGACUUGAUCAUAAUCAUAUUAAAUGGAUUCAUUUAUGUUUUCAAACUCAUGAGAUAAUGUCUCGUUUUAAUUUUGCUGUUGUUGAUGCAAGUGCUUAUGCUGAAUGUUCACUUUGUCUUGGUCAAAUAUUAUUUACUCUUCUUCAACCGAGUUCUUCGAUUCAAGCAACUAUUCGUAGUAAUUGUUAUAAACAACGUUUCGAUCAGUUACGUGAUUCAUUAAUAAAUAAUACUGCCAAACCAAUAUUACAAGAUUUUAUGGAUGAAUUGAAACGACAACAAACUGUAGUUGAUAAUUCAAUCAUAAAAGAUGCGAAAAAUCGAAAACAACAAUCACAUAGUGCUGAUCCUCAUUCAUCAUCACUUGAAAAUAAUACACUGACAUCAUCAUAUUAUUUUCCAUUAGUAUUUUUUGCUGAACAUCUUCUAGCGCGAUCAUUAAAAAUAUUAGCUCAAGCACGAUCAAAUCUUAUUCGGUCUGAUGGUUCAUCUCUAUUCGAUCGAAAUUGGUCAGCAAAAACAAAUGAUGAUGAAGAUGAAACAGAUACAUUUAAUCAAAUACGUUUUCUUGCUACACAACCUUUUCAACUUGAAAAAGGUCAUACAAGUAAAUUAAUGGAUAAUCUUGUUAAAGAUCUUGAUGCUGAAUUACAUUUUGUUUAUUGUCGUAUUGCUGCUUUACUUGAACAAACACCAGAUGCUAAUGCAAUCAAAAAAGGUCCAAUUGAUCAAUAUUUAACUGAUGCUCGAGGUAAUUCACAUAAAAAAGCAUUAUUAUGUGCAGCUUAUGCAAGUACACGACGUGAUGAAAAUCUUGCAGCUGAAUAUAUGCAGAAAGCUUAUAAACAUUUAUUAGCAGCUGAAGAAGAAGAUCGUUUAUAUUUUUGGCAUCAUCAAAAUCAUAAAACAGAAAAACAAUCAAAUACAACUGUUCCUCGUCCAUGUAUUAUUGCGCGAGCACCUGAUUUUGUUUUUGUUAUGGCACCGGAUUUUGGUUCAUUAUCCAAUAAAGUUGCUACUUAUCGAAUAUUCUGUCGAGCAGCUGAUCGUCCAAAUGCAAAAGCUCGAAUGGCUGAUACAAAUCAUCCAGGCAGUGGUCAACAAAUUCCAGCAAGUUUUAUUAAACCAGUUAAAAUUUCCGGUCUUAAUCCUGAUCUUAAAUAUGUAUUUUCAUUAGCUAUUUAUGAUAUUAAUGGACAAUUAAUUGGAGAAAGUGUUAGUGAAUCAACAGAACCAAUAUUAGCCGCAAAUCCAAUAUCUUUAUUAUUUAUUCGAUGUCUUCUUUCACAAGUUUCCUAUGAAAUCAAACAAUAUACAGUAGCUAAAAAAGCUUUUCAUUCAAUUUGGACAUAUUUUGUACGAACACCAGCAAAAAUUGAAAGUUCAAUACGGGAAUUAUCUGUAGAAAAUCCAUUGAUUAUUUAUGAGUUACGUUAUGCAUGUGUUGCUGAAAGUUCAAUAUCAUUAUUACAAAAAUUUAUUAAUUCAAUAUUUAUUAACCUCGAAAUUUUCAUCAAAGAAAAUCAUUACUAUUGUGAUAUGAUAACACCCACAUCAUCUAAUCGUGCUAAUCAAAUAAAUCGUAUUCAUGCAUGUAGUCAAAUAUUAAUUGCAUUAGAACUUUCUAGUUGGCUUAAUGAUUCACAAUAUACAUUACAAUCAGUUAUUUAUUUAUAUGGUUUAUUAACACCAUUAAUAUUUUAUAAAAUAUUCUAUCCAUCUAUACAUUAUGUUUUUGAUAAAUGUUUAGCUGUACUCGAAGAAAUUUCUCAACAAAUAACAAAACAACGUUUACGUAUAACACAAGAAAAUAUCUAUCAUAUGAUUGCAUGUAUGACAUCGUAUAUAAGUCAGUAUUUACAACAAAAUAAUCAAAUAAAAUUAUCGAUUUUAAUAAAUCAAAUUGGAAAGAAAAUUUUAUCAACAAUUAUUGCUAUACAAACAAAUGAUAUGAAUAGAGGUGAUCAAACAUCAGCAGUAGGUACACAAGGACCAACAAUAUUAUCAGAUGAAAUAGCUGAAUCAAUAAUGCCAAAAUCUUAUUAUGCACAAAUUCAUAAUGAAGAACUUAAAGCAUUGGAACUUUUUGUUGCAAAAGAACGUAAUACACAAGCAUCUCUUAGUGGAAAUGAAGAAGCAGCUGUUGUCUAUAAUUUUAUUAAUACAACAUCAGUUCAACAUAGUUAUAAAGAAAUUCAAAAAUUUCGUAAACGUCCAGUAUAUAUGGAAUAUCUAACACAAGUUAUCACGAAAGCAUUACUUGAUCCAUCGAAUGAUGAAAUUCUCGGUUGGUACGAUGAAAAUUUAGCAUUUAUUUCUAAACGAAAUGAUCUUAUUCUUGAACCAUGGCGAAUGGUUAUUGCUAAAGGAGCAGAUAUUAUAGCAAUUCUUGGUAGUAAUGAAAAUAAAUAUGCUGCUGCAGUAACAGAAUUUAAUCCAGAACAAAAUAAGAAAGAACAACUUAGUGGAAAGAAGAAACGAUCAGCUAUAACGAAAAGAAUUCUACGAGCUAAACCAUCGAAAUAUUAUUUUCUUACACCAACUAAAACUCCUGAAGCAAUUCGUAAAGAACUUGAACAACGUCAAAAACCGGUAAGAUAG